AUGGGGAGAACACCUUGCUGCGACAGAGAUGACCUGAAGAAAGGCCCGUGGACUCCGGAAGAGGACCAAAAGCUCGUUGUCUGCGUACAGAAGCACGGCCAAGGAAACUGGAGGACUCUUCCUAAGAAUGCUGGGCUCGCGAGGUGUGGCAAGAGUUGUCGGCUCCGGUGGACGAACUACCUCCGGCCGGACAUCAAGCGAGGUAUGAGACGAGGUAGGUCAGCAGUCGGUUCUCAUCGUGGUCCGGGACGACCACGGAAACAACCCAUUGAGGCUGAGGAACCAGAACCAGUGACUCAGGAGGCGGAUUCUUCUAGGGAUCCAAUUGAUGUUGAGAUGACACAGGGGAUUCCUUCUGUGAUACCAUCAGGGGUACCUGCACUUGCUACUACAGAUUGGAUGCGGGAUAGAGCUUGUAUACCAUUGCUGGCAAGGUCCGUCAAGGAUAGAGUGACUUUAUAUUCGGGCGGAGCGGACCCUUGGGCUGCACGUAGUUGGUUGAGGAAUUUAGAAAGCACUUUCGGGUACAUGAGCUGUACAGAUGAAGAGAAGGUGGAAUUGGUUGCGUAUCACCUCUGA